AUUUUGUGAUUUUAUAUUUUGUGUGGUAAAACAACUCCUUUGUUUUGUUUCAACUUGUAUUUUGACUAUAAAUAUGUCCGACGAUUUUAUACCUUUCAAUCAGAGCACGCCAAUGCAAGGGAAAUGGCAAGACAGGAAACAAAACCAAAGUCAACCAAGAUAUCAAAAUAACAGAUUUCAGAACGGCAAUAGAAGAGGAAGUGGUUACAAUAACAGAUGGGCUAAUAAUUCUCAAAGGAACAGUAGUUUUGGGAGUGACAGCAACAGUAGUUUUGGCAGAGAUAAAAGCAAUAUUGAUGCAUAUUUGCACCCUUCAAUGCUAAAAGAUCCUUGGGAGCACCUGCGGCAAGCUAGUCAAUAAGUUUAAUUUGAUUAAUGUAAGUCAUUAAUGUACCUACCUACCUUUUAUUAAUUUUUAAUAAAUUAUGUAUUUU